AUGGAUUCAGAAGACGGGGAGCUGUACAUCAAGCGCCUGGCCGUCUAUGUGCGAACGCACGAGAAGGCGCUGGCCAACGCCUUACAAUUUCGAAGGUCGCCUGGCCCUCGGCAUGGCCCUAGUCAAAGUGUUUCCUCGAUACAGGUCCCGAAUUCGCCGACUGCUUUGCCGGAACGUCCUGCUACCUCCGCCUCAGCCUCGGGCCCUCUCGCAGCUGCUUUAUCACUCGGCUCGUUAAGUUUAACAUCUAAUAGUAUUAAAUCAGCGAGGCUGAGUCUUACGCCGCACCAUCUAUUCUACUUGUUGUCUCGCUUCGAAGAGUUGGGAAUACAUGUUGGGCCUAUGAAAGUACGUUUGGAAAACCUACAUGAUACUUCGGCUGCGGCCAACUACGUAUCAUUCUUGAGUUCGUCUCAGCAUACCAAGAGUCGAAGUUCCGAUGCGAUAUCGAUCCGUUCCGUAUCCAGCAUUCGAAGCGUUGUUUCAGGGAUGUCUGCCCUGUGGAAUGGCUUCGGAAUAGGGUCAAGCAUAUCUGCCGCUCGGAUGGAACGACAAAAAGCUGCUCUUCAAGCGGACAUGAAGUACCUUUAUUCAGCAUUCACUAAGAUACCAUGCCUUCGACUCGCACCGGACUGGCGGACGAAGCUGAUAAAAGGAUAUGAAGAAUUCCCUUUUGACUCGGCAGUGCCACUAUACGUUUUUAAGAACCUCCAGUCAUUGGAGGUAAACGGUGUCGACUUCAGGCAGUUCUUUGGUUGGGACCGGGUGGCGGACCAGAUUAGAUCUCUGACCCUCAAGCGCGCCAACAUCGAAGAUCCCGCCGAUAUAUUGAUUGAUAUUGUAUUAGAUGAUAUGGACAAAAGGCGACGUCGCUCUGCGAAGGCGCAAUCAUCGCCUACCGGUACAUACUCGCGCGCAUCCCAUCCGAGACGGAGUCCUACGGCCCCCUAUGGGGGAUCACAUGGGUCUGGCAGUAUGCUACCGCCGGAACUCCCGGGGCGUAGAUACUCAGUUGCAGAUAUUCUUGUAGGGUCGAUGAGCACCGAAUCGACUGAAAGUACGUCGGCUCAGGAUUCCCGCCGCCCGUCCGUCUCUAGGAUCGAAACCGACGAGCCAAGGUCUAAUAAAUCCUCACGACCCAGGAGUCACUCUCCCAACCGCCCCGCCACUUCUCGUAACCACACGACCACUUCGAGAGGCUCUCAUAAGGUUAAGCGUUCUGGAUCCGGUAGUUCGCAAUCAAGCUUAUCCGACUCGUGGCAUAACCCGAGGAAUAGUGCUUCCAACCUACUGGCUAUGGGUAUAAUCCCGCCCUCCAAGUGGCGAUUUUUGAAACAUCUAAGCUUAGCAGACAAUUCUCUAACAGUAAUACCCGCGGCCAGCCUUUCUCCCUUGGCCAACACCCUAGCUUCCCUGGAUCUUUCUACAAACCUCUUCACGCAAAUCCCUGAUAGCCUAGCAACUCUCACCGCACUCCGUGCUCUGAACCUCUCACACUGCAUGAUAGAUUCUCUCCACUCCCUGCUUCGCAAUCCUCUACCAGCUAUCAGUGCCUUAAACCUCCGAGCCAACCGCCUCCAAUCGAUCGCGGGGAUCGAAAAGCUCUAUCCGCUUGAAAGAUUAGACCUAAGAGAUAACCGUCUGACUGAUCCAAUGGAGCUCGCUCGCCUAACCGGAAUUCCAGAUAUUCACGAAAUAUAUGUCGAAGGCAAUCCCUUUACUCGGUCUCAUCGAGACUACAGAAUCACCAUCUUCAAUCUUUUCCGCAAGACCCCUGGGUAUACAGAAGAUAUAGUCAUUGAUGGUUCUGGACCGUCCAUGUCUGAAAGGAGGUAUCUCGUAGACCGCGUUGCUGUACCCGCCGCUGUCCCUGUAGUGAAGCCUCUCGUCCCGGAAAUGCCCGCGGUAGAUGUGAGCAAGCCAGCUAUCAUCCAUGAGACUCCAAGAGAGCCUGCAGUCCUGCGCAAGGAGAGACCAUCACGUCCUACCCCUAAGGCAGUCGCUAGCGAGAUCAACACAACAUCCACACGACGUCGACGUACCCCAAAACGUAGGAUAGUUGAUCUUGCUACUAACGAUCGAGUUGGAGAUACCCAACACCAAACAGCCAGCGUCGAUAAGACUGUUGUUCCUGAACCCUCCCCAACAGUAAUUGAGUCGGAAAAUAGUUACCGUGUCUCUCAGCCUCCAGAGACACGGGACGUACCUGUCAGGGCGCUCUCCGAUACAAAGCCUAACCGCACUUCCGACCCACCAGAGGUGCCGCGUAUUAAUACUAGUGCUGUCUUGCAGCCUCCGGUGUCCUUCAUUAAUCCAGAGACACCGGAUAUGUGGAAGGAAGCUCAAGAUUGGAAUGUCGGUGGCGAAAUCUACCGACAAAAAAUUGAAGAGCUACGAAACAAGGUUGGCAAUGGUUAUCUGAGCGUCCUUAACGAGGAGAGCUGGGAGUCAUCUCGUCCGACAUACGUUCCCGGAGACUUUAGUCCCACCUCAACGAUACGGCCCAGCCCUGUUACACGUACUCCGAGUGCUCAGGCAAUUCCUAGCGCUGGCUCUAUGUGCUGA